AUGCAAAGUGGGUAUGAAAAGAGAAAUAAAGAGGUUACGUGUCCGGUGGAAAAGGAUGAGAGAGAUAGAUGGUUGAAUGAAAAUACGAGUGUGCGGCCCGCCGGACCGUCGGAGUGUGAAAACACACCACCGCACGUGUUCGGAAAUGUGCUCCUCAGCGUUCCGCGGGGUCUCAAGCCAAGUGUUGUGAUUUCGGAGUUCGAAUCACACCCAGAUCACGCUUGCCCGCGCCAACACUUGUCCCGCAAAUCACACUUUUUGCAGGGCGUCUCACGCCAAAUCACAGUUUCUCGCGGGACAAGUCACAAAACGGAGGCGUCAAAUCACAGUUUGGAUCGCACUUUUUGGCGGCAUCAAGGUUUGACAAGCCCACCCUCCCGGAAGACCUACAAAAAAUGGAUUUACUCCGAAGCGCCUCCCGAGUUUACGAAAUGGAACGCCCAUCCGUUCAAUUUUGGCAUUCGAUUUUGUGAAAGGCAAGUUCUUACUCGUAUUCUACACCCUUGGGCUCUACUUGACCGGAAUCGCUUUAGGAAUCACCUCCCAAGUAUUGGGAAUAUGGCACCCAACCGUUCAAAGUCGGCGUGCGGUUCUGUGGGAAAUAAGGUCUAUUGCGAGAAAUUGAGGCUUGCAGCGCCUAACCGUGCAAAGUCGGCGUUCCGUUUUGCGGAGAAAUCACGUCUCUUACCAGAAAUUGAAGCUCACAAGCUCACAGGCUUGCAGGGACAACCUCCCGAGUUUGCGAAACAUAGUGCCUAUCUGUUUGAAGUCGGCGUUUGGUUCUGCAAGGCAGUGAGGUCUCUUACCCUAGAAAUUGAAGCUCAUAGGAACAACCUCCCGAGUUUUCAAAACAUAGUGUCUAACCGUUCAAAGUCGGUGCUCGGUUCUGCGGAGAAAUGA